AUGUAUCCGUUUUGGGGUAUAAUUGUUGUGAUUGCAGCCCUCCGGCGCAGGUUUUCAGUUGAGUCACAGGGCAGUCGGCGUGGAGGUGUAUUUGAUGCUUCCCUCAAAAUGGCUGGGUUCUAUGGACUCUACACUUGGCUGACUCACACUAUAUUUGGAAUUACCAUAGUCUUCAUACCAUCUGCAUUAGCAGCAGUCCUUGGAGCGGUGCCGUUUUUGGGGACAUACUGGGCAGCCAUCCCUGCAGUCCUGGAUCUGUGGCUUGUGCAAGGACAGGGAUGCAAAGCCAUUCUGCUCUUGGUUUUUCACCUCUUGCCAACCUACUUUGUAGAUACAGCCAUCUACUCGGAUAUAUCAGGAGGGGGUCAUCCCUACCUGACAGGUCUUGCGGUAGCUGGUGGAGCCUACUACCUGGGACUGGAAGGAGCCAUCAUAGGACCAAUUCUGCUUUGUAUACUUGUGGUUGCUUCCAACAUAUACAGUGCCAUGUUGGUGAGUCCAACAACUUCAGUACCCACUCCAUCACAAGCAGCGUGGCCGUUACAGAUUUACCGGUCAGCCAGAGAGAGCGCUGAGGAGGUGAACGUGGCUGCAGAGUGACGAAGGCGCUGCGCUGCACCCGUUCGACAUGGAAGAAUUCGCUGUCGUCUGUCUUGACUUCACAACGGCCAUGGCCUUCUGUCCUUUUCCAGCUGUGCCUGGGGGCAGCUCACGGGGAAGCUUAGCUUGGGGUUUAGGAGAAACCACUUCUCGAACCUCUGCUGGCCUUACGUUACUGCGCACCUUGCUUCUUCGAGGGGGAAUGUCUGCUUCCCAUGGCUUUGCACACUAGCAUACAGGUC